GGUUUAUUUUUGUACGUGACGUCACGCGGAAGCCUGAAAAUAAAAGUUAGCUUAGCUGCAGAGGCACCGACGGCUACAUGCGAUAAACAGGAAGUUAAUGUACUAACCUAGCAGCGUUGUUUUGAAAUGCUGAGUUUCCUUAACAGGAAGGCUCGGGCUAUGUGAUCAGCAGCACGAGAUUUUGAGUCUGGUGGUGCAGAGAUGACUGACGAGAUAGACUCCGCCCCGGCUGGGUCAGGACUGGUUGGGAGGUGUGUCAAGCAAAAGUACCGCAGCAGCAAACACUCACAAGGGCUGAUGGAUGGACUCCUGGCUCUGCGUGAAGGAGGAAUACUGUUUGACGUGGUGCUGCUGGUGGAGGGGAAGCCUGUUGAAGCUCACCGCAUCCUCCUUGCUGCUUCCUGUGACUACUUUAGAGGCAUGUUUGCUGGGGGCUUGCGGGAGAUGCAGCAGACUGAGGUCACCAUUCAUGGAGUCACGCACACGGCCAUGACCAAACUGCUAGACUUCAUCUACACGUCGGAGCUAGAGCUGGAGCUGGAUACGGUGCAGGAGGUGUUGUGUGCUGCCACACUCCUGCAGGUCCAGGAUGUGAUUGGCUUCUGCUGUGAGUUCCUCUUCUCCUGGCUGGACAACGAUAACGUCCUGGAGGUGGAGAAGCUGGCCGACGCCUACGGGCUGGAGCAGCUUGGUGAGAAGGUGUGCUCAUACCUCUUGAAGAACAUCCAGACCUUCUCACGCACGCCUGUAUAUCGCCAGCUGCCGGCUGAGAAGGUGCUGCAAGUGCUGUUGAGCGAUGAUCUGGAGGUGAGCUCUGAGAGCGAGGUGUUCGAGGCAGCACUGCACUAUUACUACAGCCCUGAGCAGGUGGAGAAGGACCAAGUGUGCCUGCAGGAGCCCAUGCACAUGAUGGAAGCUGUGCGUUUCUGUCUCAUGGAGCAAGCCGCCCUGCAGCGCCUCUAUACCCGCCUGGAGCCAUGCGAGCUGCGUAACAUCAUCUCCUUUGCCCUGCGCUACCACAACAACACACUUUGGCAGCCAGUCAUGCAGAGCCCGAUGAGCCAGCUACGCUCCAACUGCCACUGCAUUCUGGGGUUCGGAGGCAUGUUCUCGUCCGGCGUGCUGGCCGACAGUGACAAACGCUUCCAGGUGUUCCACCCGUCCUGGGGGGAGUGGCGCAACCUCGGGGCUGAUGGCGCACCCCGCAUGUCCAACAUGGGCAUCGCUCUGCUGAAUAACUUUGUUUUCUUGGUGGGCGGAGACAACAACACAAGCGGGUUCAGAGCUGAGUCACGGUGCUGGAGAUAUGAUCCUCGACACAACGCCUGGUGUGAUAUUGCACCUCUUCAGCAGCAGCAUGCUGAUCACUGUGUGUGUGUCGUGGACGGCUACAUCUACGCCAUUGGAGGUCGUGACUACAGCAUCGAGCUGGACUGUGUGGAGCGCUACAAUCCCCAAACGAACACCUGGGACUAUGUGACUCCACUCAAACAUGAGGUGUACGCCCAUGCUGGAGCAGUGAUUGAUGGGAAGAUCUACGUCACGUGUGGCCGGCGAGGGAUGGACUACUUGAAGGAGACCUACUGCUACGACCCUCGUGCCAACGCGUGGAGUGCGUGCGCUGAGGGCCCUGUGGAGCGAGCUUGGCACGGGAUGGCGGUGUACGGAGGGCGUGUUUACGUCAUCGGUGGAAGCAAUGACGGCUGCGGCUACAGACGGGACGUUCUGAAGGUGGCGUGCUAUAACCCGGCUGAAGAUUCCUGGUCUGUGGUGUGUCCUCUCCCGGAAGGGCAUGGCGAGCCAGGCAUGGCCGUGUUAGACGGGCGGAUCUACGUGCUGGGUGGGAGGUCACAUGACAAAGGCAGCCGCAUGAAGUAUGUGCACAUCUACGAUCCUGAGCAUGACCGCUGGGACACUGGUGUUGCUCUAGAUAGCCGAGUGUCGGGCCUGUCUGCCUGUGUGGCCCUGAUGCCUAGAAACGCACUCCCGCAGGCUCGCACCAAUGCAGACCGAGCCAAAGCAUCAUGGGAGGAAGUGUACUGGGACGAUUCGGACCACUCGAGCGAGGACGGUUGAGGCUGGUUUUUAGAAUCUCACUGUCUCAGUACUUGUUGUUGGGAUGUCGCCUCGUUUUCUAAAGCCAUGCUGUGAGUAUGUACUGGUGUGUACUUUUGGGGUGGGUAAUGCGGUAAAUAUGAUCUCAUAUCACAGUACUUAUUGGCACAAUCAGGUUGCACGAUAUUUAGGUUUUGUUAGCAAAGUUUCAGCCAAAAAGUCAUUUAUAAACCUGCUCUAAUCAGUAGUUUCGAUAGCAUUAUAUUCAACACUAAUUUAUUUCACACAAACAAAAUGUACUAAUCAAUACAACGAUCAGAUUUUCUCCAGCAACAAUGUCUCACUGUACCAUUACUAAAUAGUCCUGUUAAAUUCCCCAUUCUCAUUGGUCUGUAGGUGUUGAUUAACUUUCCAUAACAGCAGCUCUGACAGUAAUUCCUGUUGUACUUCAAAACGCUGGUUUACGUGAAUGCACUUGUUCUAGGACUUUAUCAUUUCUAUAGUAACAGCUUACACAGUGACGUGUAUAGUUUUAUGUUUAUUGAGUGUAUUGUUUUUUUUUUGUUUUUGUUUUUUUUUUGGUUUUUUUUUAGAUGUUUGUUUAGCUUUUUUU